GUUCUUUUUUUUCUGUGCUUCGUGCUCCGUCGCCUCCACCCUCGCCUCAGCCCUAGCUCCUCUCCCGUCGCCACUCGCCACCGAACACCGUAGCUUGCCUGACCGACGACUGCUGAAGGCCACCAUUGAAGAGGGCUUCUCCCAUCAAUACAGAAAACCCUUACUUCCAUUCACUCUUGCAGCAAUCAAUGGGGAAAAGAACCAAGAGUUUCAGAAAGGGAAAGAAGGCAUGGAGAGCCAACAUAAGCACCGAAGAUAUUGAAGAUUUCUUCGACAAUUCCACAAAAGAUGCUCUUUCUGGCGGCUCUCUGGCUGAUGUUCCUAGUGAAUCCCUCUUUUAUGUUGACAAGUCAAGAGAUCUUUCAGCCAAGCGCAAAAUUGAAAAAAAGAGGGACAAAGUACUUCAUUUUGAGAGUUUGCUGCAGAAAAAUGCUUUUGUUCAACCAGUACCAUCUUCAACUACAAAGAAGUCAAAGAAGAAAAGUAAAGAUGCUAAAAAGGCCAAAGAUGCUGCUGAAGAGUGUCAAAAGGAUGUUGCUGCCACAGGUUCUGGCCUUGUUGACAUAUGGAAUGAAAAAGGUGAAAAGAUUGUUAAAACAAAAAGGAAAUCGGUGACUUCUAUUAUACCUGCUGUGGAAGUUGAUCCACCAGGAUGCUCAUUCAAUCCUCCCUCUGAAAGCCACCAGGAUGCAUUAGCCUCUGCUGUCGCAGAUGAAAUGCAGAAAGUUUAUCGGGAUGAGUUGGGGCCUGAGCCUGUUCCUUUAACUGUUCCUGGAGAAAUAGUUGAUGAAGAAAAUAUGUACUUCCUUGAUGCGGAUGACGGGAGUGAUGAUGAUGAUGAAAAUCUGAUUGAAGAUGGAAACCUGGAUGUGGAGAAGAGGCUGCAAAAGACCAAAUUGGUGACAAAAGUUGAGAAGAACAGGAGGGCUAGACGCAAAGAACAGUUGAGAACUGAAGCAGAAGCCAAAAAAGUGGAGAACCUUUCUAAAGAAAUUGACAGCUUGUCAGAUAUCAUUCAAGAAAUAGCAAAAGAGGAUGAAGAGAAACAGAAAAGACAUCUCCGUCGUGUUGUUGCUAAACAAGAAAGACUAAAAUCUUGUCCACCACGUCUAGGGAAGCGCAAAUUUCAACCUGCUCCUGUUCAAGUAUUAUUAUCAGAAGAGAUUACCGGUUCCCUUCGUCAACUAAAGGGAUGUAGCACCCUUGCAAGGGAUCGAUUCAAGAGCCUGGAGAAAAGAGGACUGGUUGUCCCAUCAAAGAAGACCUCCAGGAAGUGAUUACGAAGUCAUGGACCGGCUUAUUGGCUAUAUAUCUCUCCUGCUAUUGGUGCCAGGGCCCAGGGUGAAUAACUACAUUGGUAGGUUGUUUGAAGUCCUCGGCAGUGAGCUUCCCAUGUAUUUGAAGGAGUUUAUGUAUUUGAAGGAGAUUAAGUUUUUGUUUAUCAAAUUUUUUAAUUUCAAUAAAUCAUAAUACAAUGUUUAGUUCAAGUAUAAUAGAAAUGUCUAGGGUACUAGUUCAAAUUGGAUAAAAUUCAAUAUAUUUAUUUGGUGGUCUA